AUGGUGGAAAAGCUUACACGAAUGUCUGAUGAGGCAUCUGGCAAGAUGAAACGUGCUGUUUUCGACAACUAUCGGUUAUUUAUCAAGGCUGGAAAGGCUGCCAGUCAGUUGGAAGCAUUGAUGCAUGAAAUCAACAGUGAUUUUACGGAAAAGGAACGAGUGAUAAACUCGUUGGUGGAAAUGUCCUUGUUCGGUGAUCCCGUACCUGAACUGGUUGAUGUGGAAAAAGAACUAAAGGUUGCUCGUGCCCCGGAGGCUACACAAAAACAAAGUGAAUUUGCGGGGUCACCUGUAACAGCACUCGGAGAUGUGGUGGAAGGUGCCCUGGUAAGUAGUUGUUCAUCUUUCUUUUCUCGUUAUUGGAGAAAUUAG